AUGGGAAACAUAGAAUCUAGCUCUAAAGUCAACGUGGGUCAACUUCAAGGUUUGAGUCCUCGAGAGCUCAAUAUAAGUCGAUCACUGGCAUAUGAGGAAUAUCAACAGCAUUUAAAGGAAGAUAGUCAUGAUGCACUGGUUGAAUUUCCAUUGGAGUUGUUGAGCAGUGUGUCAUUCUAUGAGAAGUUUGAUGCAUCAUUCAACUGUUUCACCUACAUACCAUCUGAAUUUGCCAUCUACUUGCCUCAUCUGUCAUUUGUUGAUUUAAGCCACAAUCGCCUCUCUUAUUUACCAGAUUCCUUUGGCUACCUGUUCCACUUGAAGACAUUAUUGUUAAAUAACAAUAGGUUACAAGAACUGCCAGAAUCAUUUUUUUAUCUUGCAAGACUUCAGAAAGUUGAUUUGUCACACAAUCAGUUGAAAUGCUUACCACAAAAUCUUGGAAGUAUGGAGUCACUUCAAAGUUUAAAUGUCAGUUACAAUGAACUUGAUGCACUACCAUUAACAUUGGGAAAAUCCAAAUCUCUCAAACUGAUCCUGGCAAUCUUCAACAAGUGUAAAUGUCCACCACAGAAAAUUUGUAAUCAAGGCUCUGAAUCAGUUUUGGCAUAUUUACGCAAUCAAAAUCCAAAAGAACCAGAAGAAAAACUCUUAGGAAAAAGCAAUGAAUUUCCACGUGUUAGGGGUGAUGUUUUCGUCCUUGCACCAUCAAACCCUCACACAGCAAGAACACAGUAUGUCCAAACACAAACAAAUACAAAUGCUACAAGCCGCAUUAAGACGCCUCUGAGACCACCAGUAAAUGCACAUUACCUUCCGCCCGAUGAACUUGUGGAUAAGAUUGUUGGUUGUUUGUAUGGAGCAGCCAUCGGUGAUGCUGUGGGAUUGUGCACAGAAUUUAUGAUGCCUGAUGAGUGCCAGUUUCAUUAUGAUAAGGAUUCAUUAUCCUGGGAGCACAUGGUCAAAGACAGACACAGAAGUAAAUGGCAGAAAGGAGACUGGACUGACUCAUUUGACCAGACUGUUUUGAUCCUUGAGAACAUCCUUCAUUGGGCUGGUGUUGUUGAUGAACUGGAGUUUGCCAAGAGCCUUCUUACUUGGUGUAAACAUGGCUUUCCUGAACUGGGAGAUACUGUUGGUAGAGGUGUCAGGGGAGUUAUUGCUAAGGUUGUUUGUGAACCACAGUUUAUGAGUGAUCCCCAUGCUGCUGCGAGAUCAGUGGCAAACAAGUUUGAAUCACCAUCUAAUGGAGCAGUAAUGAGAGUGGCAGCUCUGGGUAUUGCUCACUUUCACAACUUAAAUGAAGUUGCAACAAAUGCAGUCAGAAUUUGCAAGGCUACUCAUUGUGAUCCCAGGUGUAUUGCAAGCUGUGUUGCUGUAUGCAUUAUCAUUGCAUUGAUAUUACAGGGGCAACAUGAAUUAACAAGCAAGUCUUCUCUUGAAGAAUUACUUGAGAAAUCGAAAGAGCAGGGAAAGGUUUACUUGGUAGAACCCUUUCAUCAAAAGGAUUUUCAUCAUUAUUUUAAUUGCCAGACCUGGCAGGACGUUGAGUUUUGUGAGCCUCGGAUGACGGAUUACACUAUGAAGCCUUUAGGAGCUGGUUUGGUGGCACUCAGAUCAAUGAAAGAUUACAAGACAGCGAUAACGGAACUUGUCAUGCAGGGAGGACAUGCUACGUGUAACGCAGUUGUGGCUGGGGCCUUGUUAGGCUGUAAAUUUGGAUAUUCUGAACUGCCGAGAGACUGGCUCGAGGGAUUAAUACCCCAACAAGUGACAUGGCUAAAUACGAAGAUUAACUCACUGCUGGAUAUGAUGGCUCUGCCUUGAG